CAGCCUCCCCCAAAAUCCAAAGGAGGAAAAAUGCUGGGCCUCAUCAAUUGGAGGCUCAAAGUGACCAUCAAUGACGGACGCGCGUUGACAGGUCAAAUGCUCGCAUUCGAUAGGCACAUGAACCUUGUCCUUGCGGACUGUGAAGAAUUCAGACGCGUUCGACCCAAAAAAAAGCCCGGAGAAACUGAGACGCCUGCUGAGCAAGAGAUGAAGCGCACCUUAGGGCUCGUGAUUUUACGAGGGGAGACAGUUGUCAGCUUAAGUGUUGAGGGGCCUCCGCCAGUUGUAGAUGAGGACAAA